AUGGAGUGGGUGCUGGCGGAUACGCUGCUCUCGCAGAGCCGGGACCCUCGGGUCCUGCUUGGGGCGCUGUGCUGCGAGGAGGCGUCCGCGGAGCGCGUGGAGACGCUGCGCUUUCUUCUACAGCGACUGGAGGACGAGGAGGCGCGCGGCGGUGGCGCGGGCGCGCUCCCGGAGGCGGCGCGCGAGGUCGCCGCCGGGUACCUGGUGCCGCUGCUGCGGGGCCUGCGCGGGCUGGUCGCCCCCGGGGCGCCCGAGGGCCCGGGCCGAGUCGGGCCGAAGCUGCUGGUGCUGAGCGCCCUGGCGGAGAAGCUGCUGCCCGAGCCUGGCGCGGAGCGCGCCACCGCGGCGCGCGAGGCGGACCCGGACGCCCGGCGCAGCUGGCGCUUCUGGAGGACGGUGCAGGCGGGGCUGACCCGGGCCGAGGACGCCCUGACGCGCAAGCGGGCGCGCUACCUGCUGCAGCGGGCGGUGGAGGUGUCGGCGGAGCUGGGGACCGACUGCGCGUGCGCCCCCCAGGAAGGAACCGGCCCAAGUCUGUUUUGGUGGUCUGAGAAGAAAAAAGAUGAGCUUCUAAAGUUUUGGGAAAACUAUAUAUUAAUUAUGGAAACUCUUGAAGGAAAUCAGAUACAUGUUAUAAAGCCAGUUUUACCAAAGCUAAACAAUCUGUUUGAAUAUGCAGUGUCAGAGGAAAAUGGAUGUUGGCUCUUUCACCCAUCCUGGCAUCUGUGUAUUUAUAAAAGAAUGUUUGAAAGUGAAAAUAAAAUCCUGACCAAAGAAGGCAUUACCAGUUUUUUGGAGCUCUAUGAAACAAGGGUUCUUCCAUUUUCAGCAGAAUUUUCUGAGUUUAUUAUUGGGGCAUUAAUGGAUGCACUUUCACAGAGCUCUCUAUACAGCAGGUCCCCAGGCCAGCUGAUAGGAAGUGGUUCUCCACUGGGAUUGAAAUUACAGAAGUUCUUAGUCACUUACAUUUCUCUUCUUCCAGAAGAAAUAAAGAGUAGUUUCCUGUUAAAGUUUAUUCAGAAGAUGACGAGCCGACAUUGGUGUGCUGUUCCCAUUUUGUUUCUAUCUAAGGCUUUGGCAAAUAUCCCAAGAUGUAAAGCCCUGGGUAUAGAAGGGCUUCUUGCCCUGAGGGACGUUCUUCAGUGCACCAUGAUCACACAUCAGAUCCUGCUGCGAGGGGCAGCGCAGUGCUAUCUUCUUCAGACGGCCAUGAAUCUGGUAGACGUGGAGAAAGUGUCCCUCUCUGAUGUCUCAUCUCUUGUCAUGUCACUGAGACAAGAGGAGUCCUUCGGACGAGGAACUUCACUGUGGACAGAGCUCUGUGAUUGGUUGCGUGUUAAUGAAAGCUGUUUUAGGCGACCCUCAACUUGUAGCUCCAUUGGACUUCACGAGACAUCCUCUUUAAAUGCUUAUGUAAAGAACCUAGUCCAAGAGUAUAUUAAGUCACCUGCCUGGGGAGGAGGCGAAAACUGCUGUAUGCCUGAUUGGCUCGAAGCCAAGCUUGUUGCUGUGAUGGUCUUGCUGGCCAUAGAUGUGGAAGGAAUGAAGAGUCAAUAUAGUGAAAAGCGGAGGACACAGAAUGUAUUAAGGAUAUUCUUAGAUCCUCUCCUGGAUGCCCUUGUGAAGUUUGGUACAAAUGCCUACAUGCCCUUGCUGAAAACUGACAGAUGCCUGCAGUUGCUGUUGAAGUUACUGCACACUUGCUUGUUGAAAGGUUCCGGUACCCAAGAUGACGAGGUGUUUACUCUACUUCAGAACUUUGUCAUGUCUACCACAGAGAGCGUUUCGGAAUUUAUUCUCAGAAGACUUACUAUGAAGGAACUAAGUAGUGUUUCAGAUCUGGAUCGUUGCCAUUUGUACCUGAUGGUAUUAACUGAACUUACAAAUCUCCACCUGAAGGUUGGCUGGAAAAGAGGCAACCCUAUUUGGAGAGUUAUUUCUCCUUUGAAAAACGCAUCCAUUCGGCAUCUUCAAGAGAUGGACCGUGGACAGGAACCGACACUGGGUAGACAGAUUCAGAGAGUUGUUAGUAUGGCUGCCCUGGCCAUGGUGUGUGAGGCCAUUGACCAGAAGCCAGAGCUACAGCUGGACUCUCAGGAUGCGGGAGCCACAGAAAGGUUCCUCUCCUCUCUCCAGCUCAAUCAGACGCUGCAGAAGCCCCACACAGAGGAGGACAGCAGGUGUGUUCACCCCUUGGAGUGUCUCAGUUUUUUUGAAGAGUCAUCAUCUUCCCAAGGAUGGGGGAGAAUAGUUGCACAAUAUAUUCAUGAUCAGUGGGUCUGCCUCUCUUUCUUGUUGAAAAAAUAUCACACCCUUAUACCAGCCUCAGAGGAUGAAAUUCUGGAACCCAUUCUACCUGCUGUGCAAAUGCCGAUAAGGACUUUGCAGUCCGCACUAGAAGCCCUCACAAUUCUCCCUUCGGAUCAAGUUUUACCUGUGUUCCACUGCAUGAAAAUUUUGGUUCCCAAGCUUCUGACCUCCUCUGAAUCUCUCUGCGUAGUGUCUUUUGACAUGGCUUGGAAAAUCAUAGCUGCUUUAAGCAACACUCAGCUGAUAUUCUGGUCUAACUUAAAAGCUUUUGUUCAGUUUGUGUUUGAUCCCAAAGUUCUUAGCAUCGCUGCAAAAAUCAAGGGCCAGGCAUAUUUCAAAAUCAAAGAGAUUAUGUACAGGAUAAUUGAAAUGUCUGCUAUAAAAACUGGAGUCUUCAAUAUAUUGAUAAGUUAUUGCUGCAAAUCUUGGAUCGUUUCUGCUUCAAAUGUGUCCUUAUCUACUGCUACAAAUUACAGCGAACUUGUCCUUGAGGCGUGUAUAUUUGGAACAGUGUUUCGGCGUGAUCAAAGACUUAUUCAGGAUGUACAGACCUUCAUAGAAAACCUUGGGCAUGAGUGUGCAGCGAACAUGGUUAUUGAAAAUCCUAAAAGAGAGGACCAUUAUGUGAGAAUUUGUGCUGUCAAAUUCCUGUGUUUAUUAGAUGGCUCAAAUAUGUCUCAUAAGUUGUUUAUGGAAGAUCUUGCAAUCAAGCUAUUAGAAAAAGAUGAAUUGGUGUCCAAGUCAAGAACUCGAUACUAUGUGAAUUCUCAACAACAUAGAGUGAAAAACCGAAUGUGGCAGACUCUGCUUGUACUUUUCCCCAGAUUCGAUCAGAAUUUCUUGAAUAGAAUUAUUGACAAGAUUUUCCAGGCUGGUUUCAUCAAUAAUCAAGCAUCCAUAAAAUAUUUUAUAGAAUGGAUCAUUAUAUUGAUUCUUCAUAAAUUCCCUCAAUUUCUUCCGAAGUUCUGGGACUGUUUUUCUUACGCUGAAGAAAACCUUAAAACAAGCAUUUGUACGUUUUUAUCAGUUUUGUCGCAUUUGGACAUCAUUACUGAAAAUAUUCCAGAGAAGAAACUAAUUCUGAAGCAAGCCCUUAUUAUCGUACUGCACUGGUGUUUUAAUCACAAUUUUAGCGUUCGACUGUACGCCUUGGUUGCUCUUAAGAAAAUCUGGAGCAUGUGUAAGACAUUGCACGUUGAAGAACUUGAUGCUUUGACUUCCAUUAUUGAAUCCAGUCUGAAUCAAGUGGAAAACAUGCAUGGAGCAGGGAACGCAAAGAAGAAUUGGCAACGGAUCCAGGAGCAUUUCUUUUUUGCAGCGUUCCACCCACUUAAGGACUACUGUCUGGAGACCAUAUUUUACAUCCUUCCACGCCUUUCCGGCCUUGUUGAGGACGAAUGGAUCGCCAUUGGUAAAUUUACCAGGUUCACUGACAUUCCUUUAGAUGCAAGAUUUCAGUGGUACCUUUCUCCAACUCAACUCUGUGAACUAAAACCAGGUGACUGGUCCCAGCAGGACAUAGGUUCUCACUCAGGCGAAGCAGAUAACGAGUCAGAGUGGAGUGAUGUUCAGAAGAAGAUUAUCCCAUGGAGAAACAAUGUUCCCGACUUAGACCUGGAGCUGGUAUUUCAGGAUCGUGCGGCCAAACUUGGGAAGUCACUCAGCAGACUGAUUGUAGUGGCCUCACUCGUUGACAAACCAACCAACUUAGGAGGGCUGUGCCGGACCUGUGAGGUGUUCGGGGCCUCGGUGCUCGUGGUUGGCAGCCUUCAGUGCACCAGAGACAAGCAGUUUCAGCACCUCAGCGUUUCAGCAGAACAGUGGCUUCCUUUAGUGGAGGUAAAACCACCUCAGCUGACCGAUUAUCUGCAACAGAAAAAAGCAGAAGGUUACACCAUCGUGGGUGUGGAACAGACGGUGAAAAGUUUAGACCUAACCCAGUACUGCUUCCCUGAGAAGUCUCUACUCUUGUUGGGAAAUGAACGGGAAGGAAUUCCAGCAAAUCUGAUCCAGCAACUGGACGUGUGUGUGGAAAUUCCUCAACAGGGCAUCAUCCGCUCCCUCAACGUCCACGUGAGUGGAGCUCUGCUCAUCUGGGAAUACACCAGGCAGCAGCUGCUAAAGCAGGGGGACCCUGGGUCCUGA